AGCCCAGCGAUUCCUACACCCUGGAAACCAUGUUCAAGUUGGUAGUCCUUUUGGCAGCAGUGACGUAUGUCUCCGCAGGAGUAAUCGGAGGAUACGGCGGAUACGGAGGCUACGGUCUAGGUCAUGGAUUCGCGGUCGCCCCUGCAGUCAGCUACGCUGCACCUGCAGUGACCUAUGCAGCCCAUUCUGCACCUGUUGCAUACACGUCUCACGCAUCUGUGGUAGCUGCCGGUCCUGCAAACUACAAGGUCGCCUACGCAGCUCCAGCUGUGGCGAAGGUUGCCGUGGCACCUGCACCUGUGGCAAAGGUUGUAGCUGCACCUGCAGUCACCUACAGUGCGCCUGCAAUUGCUCCUGCCGUGGCCAAAGUCGUGGCCGCGCCUGCAGUUGCAUACGCCCCUGCAGUCGGAUAUUCCCAUGGGUACGGGUUCGCAGCUGCACCUGCACUUUCCUACGGCCAUGGCUACGGAUAUGGAUACGCACCCGGGGCGUACUAUCACUUGGACGAGGCCGAUGGCGGGGGCGGCGUAGGCGACAGGUGCAUGAUGAGCGACGACAGGUGCAUGUGCAGCAUAGGUCAGGUGCGCAGGGUGGGCGGCAUAGGUGAGGGCAGGUGCAGCAGCGACGGCCAGGGGUGCAGCAGCCACGAUGGGGCUCUUGUAGGCCACUUUGUAGGUGUUGGCGUAGCUGGUGGCGACGGGCACCGAAUGUGCGACUGCAACUGCAGGUGCAGCCACUACGGGUGCAGCGUGGACAGCGUGCACUGCGGGGGCGGCCACGACAGAUCCUCGAGUCCUUGGCUUUAUCCGGACGUAGAAUGGCAGAAGAGCUUCAGGUUGGGGGGCUUCGAAGUGGUCCUCCGACCUUGGGGUCGCAGGAUCGGGGGCAGAAGAGCGCGGCAGGGGCCGACUAUAAGAAGCGUCCCGCCUCGAGAUGCUGCAUUCAAAUCCCCGAAGAAUCGAGGAGUACCCACUCGUCACCCAGGAGGUCCAGAUCCCAGAAGAACCCUCGCCAUGUUCAAGCUCGCCCUGCUGUUGGCCCUCGCCGCCUGCGCCUUGGCUGCACCUGCACCUGGAGUCCUGCCGGUCGUGGCAGCAGCUCCCGUCGCCGUGGCUCACCACGUCCCAGUGGCCACCAGCUAUGCCAACACGUACAAGGUCUCGGUGAAGACGCCCGUCGUGGCCGCAGUCCCCGUGGUGAAAACCGCCCCCGUGGUGGCAGGACCAGUCGUGGCUGCAGCACCUGCCUACACCUACGCUGCUCACGCUGCACCUGUGGUUGCUCACGCUGGACCUGUGGUUGCUCAUGCUGGACCUGUGGUUGCCCAUGCUGCACCGGUGGUUGCCCAUGCUGCACCUGUGGUUGCCCAUGGUGCACCGGUGGUUGCCCACGCUGCACCUGUCGUCGCCCACGUGGCCGCAGCUCCUGUCGUCGCAGGAUACGUCCACUGA